CCAUCUAUUCGGUUUGUAUCACUUCGUCGGGUUGCACAGUUAAGAAAUUUUUUUUUUCGCGCUUAGAAAUUAUUUAAACAUUUUUUAAUAUUUUAAUUAAAUAAUUAUAUUAAACCAACAUAACAACAAAAUUUUUUAUUUUUAUUUUAAUUUUUUUUUUUAGUGAAAUUUUUACCUCUAAUAGAUUUAAAGUUAAGUUUACUAAUUUAUUUUAAAUAAAAAAAUACAAAAAAUUAGAUAGAUUUAAAAAAAAUAUUAUUUAUAUAAAAUAAAUAGUUAGAAAAUAUUUAAAUAAAAAAAAAAUGUCAUUUCGUGUUGUACGAAGUUCAAAAUUUCGUCAUGUCUAUGGUCAAGCAUUAAAACGUGAACAAUGCUACGAUAAUAUUCGUGUAUCAAAAAGUAGUUGGGAUUCAACAUUUUGUGCUGUUAAUCCAAAAUUUUUAGCUAUAAUAGUUGAAUCAGCUGGUGGAGGUGCUUUCAUUGUUUUACCACAUAGUAAGGUUGGUCGUAUUGCAGCUGAUCAUCCUUUAGUUGGUGGUCAUAAGGGUCCUGUGUUAGAUAUAGCAUGGUGUCCACAUAAUGAUAAUGUUAUCGCUUCUGGAUCAGAAGAUUGUGUUGUUAAAGUAUGGCAAAUACCAGACGGUGGUUUAUCUAGAACGCUAACUGAACCUGUAGUAGAUUUACUAUUUCACCAAAGAAGAGUCGGUCUAGUUGUAUGGCAUCCGUCCGCACUGAAUGUACUAUUAACAGCUGGUUCUGAUAAUCAAGUAGUUAUUUGGAAUGUAGGAACCGGUGAAAUCUUAAUACACAUUGAUUCACAUCCUGAUAUUGUAUAUAGUGCCUGUUUCAAUUGGGAUGGCUCAAAAUUAGUAACAACAUGUAAAGAUAAAAAAAUUCGUAUUUAUGAUCCUAGAACUGGUGAAGUGGAAAGUGAAGCAUUAUGCCAUGAUGGAGCUAAAGCAACGCGUGCUAUAUUUUUAAGACAUGGUCUUAUAUUUACUACUGGUUUUAAUCGAUCAUCAGAAAGACAGUAUUCAUUGAGAGCACCGGAUGCUUUGAGUGAACCAAUUGUUAUGGUUGAAUUGGAUACAUCAAAUGGUGUUAUGUUCCCUUUGUAUGAUCCGGAUACAAAUUUAGUUUAUCUAUGCGGGAAAGGUGAUUCUGUUAUACGAUAUUUUGAAAUUACACCUGAACCACCAUUUGUACAUUAUAUUAAUACUUUUCAAACACCAGACCCACAACGUGGUAUUGGUAUUAUGCCAAAACGUGGUUGUGAUGUAACAACAUGUGAAAUAGCUAAAUUUUAUCGGCUCAACAAUAAUGGUUUAUGUCAAGUCAUAUCAAUGACUGUACCUAGAAAAUCAGAUUUAUUUCAAGAAGAUUUAUACCCAGAUACAUUAUCUGAUGAUCCCGCAUUAACAGCAGAAGAAUGGUUUGGCGGUCAAGAUGCAGAUCCGGUUUUAUGUUCUCUAAAAGAUCGUGUUUCUAUUGUACAGGGUGGUUAUGUAUCACAAUCAGCGACGAAGUCACUUUCUGUUACAAAGAAACCAAAUAUAUUAAAUAAAAUUCCACCAAAGGCACCAAAAUCAUCAGCAGCAGCCGCGGCAGCAGCAUCAGAAGUUAAUAACGCAUUAUCAAUCAAUCAAAGUAAUAACAGCAGUCCUGUUUCCGGAAUCACAGAAAAAGAUUUACGGGACAUUACCGAUGAAAUUCGUAAAUUGAAAGCAAUUAUUGUGAAGCAUGAGAAUCGUAUUAGAGCGAUUGAAGCUGAUUUAAAAUCAGUUGAUGAUAUUCUCGAUGCACCUUCAAAACCACCAGCAGCACCAGCGGCGGCGCCAGCACCAGUUAGUGAAGAUUCAACUAAUAACAAAGAUAGAGAAGGAGCGGAAAAUUCGACAAAUUUAGCCCCGGACGAAGUGUAAAUUAAAAUCUUUGUUGAUCUUAUUAUUAUUAUUUUUUUUUUUUAAAUAAACAUAAAAAUAUAUAUAAAAAAUAUAAAUAUACGUUAUUUCCCUAACUAUAAUUAUUUAUUUAUUACUACUUUUUUUUUUUGUAUAAAAUAUAUUUUUUAUUAAAUUUUUGCA